AUGGAUGAAGACACGAAGGGUAGUGGUAGCCCACCCUCGGUGGAUUACGGCGAUGGCGAAGAAGAUGAGCCAUUGGCCGCCGAGGGUCCCAGUAGUGCCGCGGCGAGCCAUGAGGUUCCUGCGGACGCAGAGACAGAGGUCCCGGAGACAGCCAUGAGGCCCAGAAGAGUGGAAUCAGCGUUGAAGGACGCAAAGACGUUUGAGGAUUACAGGAAGAAGAGACCCUUCAAGUUCCUUCACAUGUAUUCUGGUCCCAACGAUCCCCUUGGGCAAGCCAUCAAGCUGGAAGCGGCAAAAAAUCGGCUCAACGUGGUUGUACUUAGCUUGGACAACCAGCUGGACCCUGACUUGGACCUAGCAGACCCGGGAGGCUUCCAGAUCAUGAAGGAGGACGUGAGCAAGGGAGAGUGGGACUACACUCACGCCGGCUUCCCGUGUGGGUCCUUUUCGAUGGCCAGGCACAACGUCACACCUGGCCAGCCGGGUCCGGUCCGGGAUAAGCUGAACAUUUAUGGACUGCCCGGCAACAGCCCACAACAGCAGGCAGAGGCUGACAAGGGAACCCGUAUGGCAACUCAGGCAUCGGAGAUUUACGAGGCCCAGGUGAACAGCUGCAUCAAACGCAAAGUUCCCCCACUGGCAACACUGGAGAAUCCACCAGGAAGUGAGGAAUCGGGGAGCGCCUGGGACGUACCCGAGGUAUCGGCUUGCCUACAAAGAACCAAGGCAAUUAGAGCCAACUACAACACGUGUGCCUACCAGCUCAAGUCCAAGGAGAGGCACUUCAAACCGGGUGUGUGGACGGGAAGGUUGCAGAACUUGGAGAAGGUAUCCAAGGUUUGCAGAUGCCCUGCAUGGAUCAAACACACGGCACUGGUUGGGAAGAGAAAGACAGCUCCGGCGGCAGAAUACCCGGCGGCGCUAGCCGAGACCAUAGCUGCUGAAGUGGUGAUGGUGUGGAAGAAGACGCUGAACCUUGAGUGGUGGAGAUACCAAUUCGAGACAAAGUCCAAGGUCGUCAAUGAUCUACAACGGGCAUGGCUUGAGAACGAAGAGAAGAAAACCGGAGGAGGGACGACCAGGUCUGAGCCUUCGAAGAGGGCUGCAUCGAUGGCCUUCAAGAUCGACAACAUCGAAAGCGAUGAUUUGGCCGAGAGCUCGAAAGCGAGGCCAACCAAGGUCUUGAAAGAGGAACACAACAGAUUGUGCAUUGGUGGGAUGAGAAACCCAGCCAAGACGGUGAAGAGGUUGACACAGCUUCGAGCAACGGGCCAGAAGAUAUCGAAGAUGUGGGACGAGUUCAUCGAGUCCCACCCGAGAGCUUUGCAGGUGGCAACACACUAUGGGAAACCUGACAACAUCUUCGACGAAGAGCUCCUCGAGUUAUGGCGACUUGCACUACGAGAAAAUCUGGCAAAGGUUGAAGAGCACCCCAUGGUCGUCAGAGAAAAUUGGGAGUUCAAGUCCCCGCUGGUGUCGGAGCUUUGGGAAUCGUGGGGUGAGGAAGCAGUAGACCCGGAUGUCCACUUGCCAGAGUUCAUGCGGAGAGGUGCACCACUGGGAAUGGAGGUACAGAUCCCCCCGAGCGGUGUAUUCCCAGCGGCUGUGGGGGCAGAGGAGACGAACACCGACCAGGCGGGAGAGUUCGAAGAGUUGAGAUUCCUCCGCAACUACGAGUCAGUUCGAUCUCAACCAGAAGAAGCAACUUUGGAAAUCAACAGGUACGUGGAAAAGAACUUUGCCAAGCGCGUGACCUGGCAGUGGAUCAAGGACGUGCUGGGAGAGACAGGCACUGUGUCGAAGAUGGCGCUGAUCCUCAAACAAAAGGACGAUGGGAGCAUCAAAAGAAGGAUCAUCCUAGACAUGAGGAGAAGUUUUGGUAACUCAAGAGCCAAAACAGAUGAGCGCAUAGUGCUGCCGCGACUCACAGAUGUGGUCCAUAUGUUGCAGGACAUGUGGAAACCCCGAGGCGGAGACAAAGGUCGCAGAGAGUCCAAGGAAGAGGAUGACUUCGAAAUAUACCUCAUAGACCUCGAAGACGCCUUCUGCCAUUUCCCGGUUCGGAAAGAAGAGCUGAGGCACUGCGUGACCCCGGACGAGCACGACCAGGACGCCUUAGUUUGGACGGCGAUGCUGUUCGGAUACAAGGCAGCUCCAUUGAUCAUGGGGAGGUUGUCGUCGGCGUUGGGAAGACUUUUGCAAAGCAUCAUGGACCCGAACUUCACACAGCUCCAAGUCUAUGUGGACGACGUGCUGAUGGCAUCCCUUGGACCCCGACCACAAAGAGAGUCAAAGCUCGCGGCGGCGCUGUAUACGGCAGCGGCCUUUGGGGUCCGCGUGAACCUGAGGAAAGGUGAACGAGGAAGAAGGGUGACGUGGAUUGGAUGCUCCAUAGAGGUCCCGGUGGUACAGGUCGGAGAGCCCGAAGUGGUGGUCUUGGGAAUAUCCAAGAACAUGAUCGAUCAGGUGCUGACCACGCUUCACACCUGGAAGGGAGGAGGAAUGGGCUCAAUCAAAGAGCUGAGAUCCACCACGGGAAGGUUGUCAUGGGUCGGAGGAAUCCUGCCACGGUUAAGAUGGACCGUGAACGUCCUCUACGCUACUCUGAAAGAAGUUGAGAGAGAACAACAAGACGGAACAGAGGAGCGACGGGCAGCGGGCCGAGAGGACACGAGGUCAAAAGUGGGAUUGUUCCCGAUCAAACGUCUCGGAGGAGUACACCUGUGGUUGCUGAAGCUCUUCGAGAACCCGGUGGAGAAUCUCAUCCGCAUCGAGAGGAUGAAGAAACCAAAAGUUCCAUGGGGCGUCAUCACAGAUGCCUCACCAAAGGGCUGGGGGGCCAUUUUGGUCAAAGUGGUGGACGAUCACCCAAAACAGCUGGUGCCGGUCGAAGCAGUUGAAGGCCUCAUCACCGAGAACGAGGCAAAGCUCCUGAAAGUGGACUAUGGUGAGUCAUCGUCUCAAGCGGUGAUGGAAGCUUUGGCCAUAGUCAGAGCAGUUGACAAGUGGGGCCAAAAGUUCCGUGAAAGAGCGAUUCUUAUCAGGUCUGAUUCAUCGGUAGCUUUGGCCAUGACAAAGCGACUGGCCAGCCCGCACCCAACGCUGAACUUCCUGGCGGCCGAAUUGGUGCUGAGACUGGAGAAGUACCAGGUGCAGAGAGUGACUUUACAUCACUUGCGGGGCACCUGGAAUGAGGAAGCAGAUUGGCUGUCGUUCAAGCGUCAGAAAGACUUGCAUCGGCGGCCCCGGGUCCUCGGACAACAUUGUCCAAUGGAUCCUCCAGAUAUGGCUGCUGACAGUGCUGUGCGCAUUCGCAGCCGGGGCAAUGUGCUGGCGUCAAUGGUGCUCGCGGCGGCGCCAAAGAGAAGCAUGGAUGGGCGAGCUUGGGACUUGGAAGGAAGAGGCCGGUCCAAUCAAGGACAACUCAAUUUCCCAACAAGGAGCCCUGUUCCACAGCCCCCCGAGCUCGAGAAUCCGAAAGAACCGCAGCCCCGUGAGUUCCAGAAGCAGAAGGACAGCAAAAGGGGCGAACAAUCAGCAGAGCUCGAAGGACUCCUCAAGCGUGUCUACGAGCAAGAGUUCCAGGCGAAGAAAAGCUUGCAACAAGCAACCCCCGGUGCCAGAAGAGUCAAUGACAAUGGAAGGCAUCAGAGGAAGACCGAGCGCGGUAGAAAAGGGAAGAACAGUUUUAAACAUCAUGGAGAACAGGGCAAAUCGAAUGAUGCAAAGCCCAGGACAGCCAAGAGAAAGUUGAAGGACAUGUCGAACUUGGCAAAGUCCCCGGCGUGGAUUGCGGCGGCAAGAGCAAAGCUGAAGAACAGGCUGUUUUCAGCAUCAACGUUGGCAUCAAAGGAGUCCAAGAGGAGGAGAAUCCAAGAAAUCAUGGAUAACUGCAACAUCCGACUUGGAGAGAAUGGCAUUACAACCGAUGAGAUCCUGACGAUUGCUGCAGUGUUGGGUGAGACAUCGAUAAAGAGUGCGGACCAGUAUUUAGCAGAAGUAAAACUCAUGCAGCUGGAAGCUGGAGUAUCUUGGACAGACGUGUUGGACAGGCAACUGACCAUGGUCAAGAGAGCUCUGAAGCGUGAUACAGGUCCCGAAGAGCGUGCCAAGGAGUUCAACCCGGAGCUCAUGCCGGACAAGACAUGGGAAACAAGACUGCAGACAAAGGGGCUCCCAAUCAGAACAGCUUGGGCCUAUGGAUGGGCAGUCAUUUGGAUGCUCAGGUGCAUCGAAGUGGUGAACCUCCAGGCGGCAGAUGUGGCAUUGGACUUCACCAACAAGUUAGUCACAGUGAACAUCAGGAAGUCAAAGAUGGAUCAAUCUGCCCACGGCGUAAAGAGAACUUUGAAGUGCUGCGGGAACUCGUCUUGUCUGAGGUUGUGCCCUUGGAGCUUAGCGAUUCGUGUACUGUCUGAUCACGCCAGUCCAUCCGAGACAACGCCCCUCUUCCCCGACAAGGACGGUACACGAAUACAGAAGGUGAAGAUGGUAAAGUCAUGGAUGGACAACAUCAAUGAAGAGCUGACGGGCCAUUCAGCCAGAAGAAGUGGAGCCAUGUGGUACGCUAGGAAAGGCCUACCCGUCCACGAGAUAGGGCUGCUUGGCAGGUGGAAAUCGUCAGCGGUGUUUAGAUACAUAGAAGAGGCGUUGCAAGAGAUUCCACUCAACGCAAACGUGGUAACAAGCUCCACGACUGCACAAGGUGGCCAACUGGUUUGCCCUGGCACCCCUGUACCAGGAACACCGGUGGUUCGUGCGGCAAAGGUCCAGGAGGCUCUCGAAGAAAAGGAGGUACAACUAUUGGACAAGAAGCUGAAAAGAUCGGCACCACCAGAACAAUGUUGGGCUGUGUCCACGGGGCGCAGAGGUAGAACAUCACACCGUGUCAGGCGUGCCUCGUGGAAUCUUAGCCUUGCAAGUUGGGACACGUGGUGCGGAUGGCAUUUCGCAGAAAGAAAUGUCAAAGUCACAUUGGCGCCAAAGCUCCUGGACUCGACAUCGAAAUGCAAAAAGUGUGAGAUGGCCUACCAGUCCCGCGACGGUGUCAAAGAUGAGGUAAGCCUGGCGCAACUGGUCAAUUUUGAAUGA